AUGCCCACCAUCCUUCAGUCUGGACCAGGACUCUGUGUCUGUGGGUCUGCGGGUCUUCGGUCCAACAGAGGAUCAGUCCUGAACAUCCAACAGAGGAUCAGUCCUGAACAGUCUGUGGGUCUUCAGUCCAACAGAGCAUCAGUCCUGAACAGUCUGUGGGUCUUCAGUCCAACAGAGGAUCAGUCCUGA